AUGGCUGCAACCCUAACCCUGGAGGAAAUACCUCUUCCAACACUGGAUGCAGUGGAGGAACCAGCGCAAACUGUAGCUUCGCAGCUGCAAGAUGAGAACCCAAAAUCGAUUGAAGGAUUCCCUUCUCCAGUGCCGGUGCCAGAGCUUCUACCCGAAGAUGAAAUUGAUUUGGUCAGAUUUUGUAGCUCAUCGGAGCGCUACAGCUCUCCAACUACAAGAAGUAGUCGGGCCAGUUCGCCUCUGAGCGAGCCAGAUACGCAUGGAAUCGCAUACUCAUAUGACGGCCCCGUUGGCCAUCAAGUGCUACAUAUCCGACCGACACCUGAGCAGUGGGCCGAUUUCCCUGCUCUUCUCUCUUUCGCCCGAAGCCUUCACGCCGAGCUAGACGGAUGCUUCAAAAUCGUGCUUCCGGAAGAGCUCCAAGAGCCACUCCCAGAGAAAACAUCCCAGUUUGCCCCUGCCAAUGCCUACAGAAUACGGCAGAUCAAUCACAGGACGUUUUGGCAGGUCAGCACCGUACCGAGUGAUGGCUCCUUUUCCUCUUCGGAGCCAGAUGGCGAGCUGUCGGGUAGCGUCGAGGAGAAGUUCAAAAAGCUCAAGACGCUCUUUAAUAAGAGCAAGGAUAGGCAGAUGCGGAAUGUGCGAUACCGAGUCGAUGUCCCCGCGUGGACUGCCAAGCAGAGACUGGAAGCUGGAGUACCAGAACGAAGCCCCAUUCAUCCUUUGGCAGGCGAUAAAUUGGACAAAACAAAGGCCAUUAUUCCGGGAAUACACACGCCCUACGUGUACGAAUCCGCUCAGCACUUUGGCGCAACGUUCCAGCUCCACGCCGAAGACUUUCGCUUGUCGUCUCUGAAUCAUUUAUACAAGGGCCGCAAGAUAUGGAUUGUGGUUCCUUCCACUGCUGUUGAUAUUGCGGAGGAGGCAUUGAAUAGGAAAGGAAAGUGCUCGCAGUUUAUGCGUCACAGAGCCGAGUUUUUCUUCCCUGAGAAGCUCAAGAAAAUGGGCAUACCAUAUCGAAUCGUGGACCAACGACCAGGAGAGACGAUUGUCAUUUUGCCGGAUGCUUAUCAUGAAGGGUUCAGCACAGGAUACACCUUGGCUGAGGCCAAGAACUAUGCAGAUCCGGACUGGACAGCGGACACUUAUCAACCAUGCGAGUUGAGUUGCCAACUGUUAACGGCGAUACCCGCCGACUAUAUGCGACCUUUGCGAGAGGGAGAGGACAGACUGGAUCUGUGUGCUGGCUAUAACGUAGUCAGUGGCGACCAAAAGCAACUACCUCAGCAGCCCGUGGGAGAAGCACAGUUGAAUGAGUCUGUGUCACUGGAUAUACAGUCUAGUCAAACGCUCAAACGACCCAUGGAGAACGCUAUUUCGGACGAAAUAAUUGCCAAAUUUCCCAGACUCGAGUAA